UUACGCUUUGCACAGCCCUAGUCUUCCCUCCCACAGGCCCAGCCACUGGCCCAGCUGCUUGCUCCCUCAAAGACCUGUGCCCUCGUGCUCCCUGAGCCCACGAUCAUGGCUUCCGUCUCCCAUCCACCUACACCUCAGAACGCGGCUUCCUCCGGACCAUGGGCAGAUCUUGACGCUAUCAGCAACGCGCUACCGUAUUUUACCGUGUCCGACUUGAAAUCGAUCAUUGAGGGCGUCAACAUGCGCUGUGCAGCCGUUAUCCGAAAGAGCGGGAACAAACCCGACCUUGUCGACCGACUACGGCAGACCUUCAAGCGCUGGCGCGAUGCGGGGCAGGUGAACGAGUGGGAACUUGCGCGGAGCGUGUUGGAGAAGAAUGGUAGCGGGCGGUUUGUUGCUACGUUCAGCAGGAGAGACAACCUCCACGCGCAGCAGCAGCAACGAGCUGCGUACCACCCACCCAGUAUAAGCGCUCCCGGACCAGCCGCACCGUUACGGCCUGCAAUGGCUUUUGCUCCGCAUCCACACGCCCCGAUAGCGAAACCUGCAUACAUCCAUUAUCAGCCUCCGCCACCCGUUGUUCCCACGUACCGCUUCAAAGACUCUCCCUUCUUCACAGUUGAAGAAUCCGUAUGUCCGAUGCUUGAGUGUCCAGAGUCGUUGGGACCUAGCGAUCGCCGAGAUGUUGAGCUAAAAUUCAAUCUAUCUCCCGCACAACUAGAGAAACUUUCCUCCGGCUGCCAAGCCCAUCUUUUUUGCACAUCCUCUAAAUUCUACUCCCCAUCCCGGUCGACCAAUGCCGACUGCCUCAUCGACUUCCCACCGACAUGCGAGAUCUACAUCAACAACGUGCAACUGAAAAGCUCGCUGGUCAAGGGCAUCAAGAAAAGACCGGGCACUGCGCCUCCGCCCAACAUCGCGCUCAAUGCACCGGGUGGAGGGUCCGUCCUGACCGCCCGGAAUGUGGUGCGGAUGAUUUACAUCGAUAAUACCGGGCAAAAUGAGACAGUGAAGCCCCCGCCCCGGAAAUUUUACAUGGUCGUGCAGAUCGUUCAGCCUCGCAGUGUCGAGACACUUGUUGAGCAGGUCCGCACCAAUAAUUCGGUAUCAAGUGCAGAUGUUCGCAAACAGAUGUUUUCAUCGAUGUCUGAUGAUGAUGACAUUAUCGCGGGCUCCAUCAAGUUGCCGCUCAAAUGCCCGCUCAGCUUUAUGCGCAUUCGGCUGCCAUGUCGUUCACGCAGAUGUAAGCACUCGCAGUGUUUUGAUGCGACAUCGUGGUUUUCUGUCAUGCAGCAGACAACGACGUGGCAAUGUCCCGUUUGCGAAAACAUGCUCGAUUGGCGAGAGUUGAUUAUCGACGGUUUUUUCGUAGAGAUUCUAGAUACGACGCCGGACUCAGUCGAGGAUGUGAUCCUGGAUGCAGAUGGGGUGUGGCGAACUCCAGAUGGGCGGUAUACCUCCGCCAUGAUCGGCACGGGGGUGGUGAAGAAGUCGGUCGAAUACGAGUAUAUCGAUGACAGCGACGAUGACGAUUGAUGCAUGCGAGCGCGAUGGACUGCGGGUUGAGGCUUCCAACUCCGUCCCAGGUUGAAUGAUAGGGCUAUGAUCACAUUGUAAAACGCACUACAUGUCUUGUAUGAAUUUCGCACGGCUUUUGGUUGGUUAAUGAGGGGAGGCCAUCGAUCAUCGAUUUGAUGAGGUCUCGCGAUGGAACACAAGGAGUCAUUGACCAGAUCAUGUAUCGACC